UGCCUCAUGGUACCACGCAGCCAUGGUAACCGUGAGACGCUAAGCUAACGGCAACAUGGCGCGGUUCCUGCUACUUUAGCGGCUAAUGGAAACAAUACGUGUAGCUAAUAAUAAUGUUUAAGAACAUAUUUUCCUGAUAGAUACCUCUCACACGAGUCAUGUCUUAAGUUCGUUAUUUGUCGCUUGUCUGAAUUUUACUCAAAGUUACUUCUCCGUGGUUUUCAACUUAGCUAACAGCUAACUAGCAUCUGUCUGUUAUGCUAGUUAGCCGGUUAGUUGACAGAAGUACAACUCUGGUGGACUACUGAACGAAAGCUGUUGAACGCUCCCCAUGGCUUUCUAUGAAGUCUAUUCCCACCCGGCUUUGAUUCGGUACAAAACGAGUGUUUGUACGAAAGCCACACUGUUUCUGGUAGUUGUUGUUUGCCUCACAUACAUCCCACCUCUGCUGGUUGCCUACAGGAGCCAAGGUUUCUGGAUAAAGAGAAGCGCCUAUGAGGAACAGCCGGUGGUCAGGUUUCAGUACCAGACUUUACUGGUGGCAGCUACCAGUACUGAUGGGGACUAUGUGGCCUGGAGCACCUUCCCUCACCUCAACAACAUGCUUGGAUCCAGACUUCGCAUCCCGUCUGUCUCUGUGAGAGAAGAGGACAAGAACCAGGAUGGGAAGUUGGACCUCCUGAAUUUUCAGCUGGAGCUGCCGCUAAAACCUGAUGAACAGGUUUACAGCAUCCAGCUACUGCUCACCUUCAGCUACCAGCUCUUUCGGAUGUCUACGGUGGUGAUGCAGAGUCUGGCCUAUGUUCAGUAUUCUUCUUCAGUCCCUGGAUCCAAACUGUUCAUCAAUGGAGACCUGAGGCUUCAGCAGAGGACGCCCCUGCCCCACCGAGGCCUCUACAACAUCUACAAUGUGUCGGUGAUCGAUGGUUCCAGUCCAUUUGCAGCUUCAUACGACCUCGAAAACAUCAUUCAAAUGUACCAGGACAGAAACCUGUCCACGGUCCUGUCCUGUCCCAUGCCGGUCUGGACCGUCGGACGAGCGGCUGCUUCUCCGUUUCAGCUGAAGGCUCAGAUCCGCUACCCCCUGGAGCUCAUUACUUAUCGUCCCGGCUUCUGGGAAACCAUUAAAUUUGCCUGGAUUCAGUACGUCAGUGUUCUUCUCAUCUUCCUCUGGGUCUUUGAACGCAUCCAGAGAUUUGUUUUUCAGAACCAAGUUCUAACUACUGUACCCAUCCCACUGGGGAAACCUCACCUCUCAUGACCACAGGAGGUGAAAAAAACCACAUCAACUGCUGAAUAUUUGGCUCGUCUUUACGCCUUCAUACUUCUGUGACAUGAACAUCAGACAUAAAAGCACAAAGAUUGAUUCAUGUGUUCAUCUGUUCCUGAACAGGUUUGUACAGGAGUCAGGCGGAUUCCUCAAAAACACCUUUUCUCUUUUGAUGCUGAAAAAAACAUGAAAGACGUUUUAUAUUUUUAUCAUUUGUAUGUUUAUGAGAAUUUUGUAACAGUAGAGAAACAUCCUGUCCCCCGUGUUAGUCUGUACAUAGUAUUUGGGGAUAAUAAACAAUAAAUACAUGUC